AUGGAAUCUACAAACUUUUGUCCACUUAAUCCUCACUUUCAUAGGAUGAUCUUACAAGAUUCUCUUUUCGAUAAUAAGCUUAAAAUCCCAAGAGAGUUUAUGCUAAAAUAUGCUAGUAAUAUGAAUAGAUCAAACUCAGUGGACUUAAAAGUUCCUAGCGGUGGAGAAUGGAAAGUAAAAUUGACCAAAUGUGAUGAUGGUCAUGAUAUUUGGUUGGGUGAAGGUUGGCCAGAUUUCGCAAGGCAUCACUCCAUACAAUGUGGAUUUUCCUUGCUCUUUAGAUAUGAAGGUCAAUCAAGAUUUCAUGUGGUCAUAAUUGAUGCAAAUGGUUCGGAGAUAUGCUAUAAGUUGAAGCCGAACAUCAUCGAUGAACCCCGAAAGAGGAUAGAAAAUAAUGAAUACCUUAAGAGCCACUCACCAUACUCACAAUUUUCAACUCCCAAUAGAAGAAAAACCAAGUUUUGUGUUAGUAGUAGUAAUAGUAGUAGUAGUGACAAUGAUGAAGAGUGUUUCAAGUCUCUCAAAAUAACAGAUACAAGACUUUUUAAGGCUUGUACUAAAAGGAAGCGAUCGAUGACAAUGACAGUUGAAGAAAAAGCCAAAGCUUUAUCUAAGACUGAAAACUUCAAAUCCCCAUAUCCAUAUUUCAAGAUUGUAUUACAAAAGACACAUGUAGAUGAUCAUUUUAACAUGGCAAUACUAACAGAAUUUUGGAAAAGACAUGUCGAUGAUAAUUCUUGUCAUGAUGUUACUUUGUAUGUUCCUUGUAUGAGGAAGACUUGGCUAGUGAAACUUCAGACGAAAACUAGAAAUAGAUGCAGUUCACCGAGGCCUACUUUCUCGAGAAGAGAUUGGCAGGAAUUUGUUGAAGAGAAUGAGUUGAAAGUUGGCGAUGUUUGUAUAUUUGAACUCACUAACAAAAAUGAAAUGAUGUUCCAUGUUUCCAUUCACCGAGAAACAGAAUGCAACGAUCGAAACAACCAACAAUGUGAAGGAAACAUGAAAUAUGGUGCAAAAUCCAAGGAUCACUCAACCGGACAGGUUGCUAAUGGCGCAGCUUCAUCUUCAAGAGACAGCAAAUCUUUUGGAGGAUCAACCAAGCAAUCUAAUCCCAGUUUUGAAAUGGUAUUGGGGCAGUCUUCUGAUAAGGUCAAGCGUGUUCCGAAUGAUUUUGCAAAUAGUUAUCUACAAGGAAAGGCUGGAGUUGUAACACUUCAGGUUGGGAAGAAAUUGUGGUCUGUGAAUUUGUGUAGUACUUCAGGUGGACUGAUUUUAAGUGGUGGAUGGCCUAGAUUUGCAAAAGAGAACCAUUUGAAGCCUGGAGAUUCUUGUGUGUUUGAAUUGGUUACCAAGGAAAUGGAUAAAGAUAACAUUUUGCUAAAUGUUACCAUUUCUAGACUAAUUAGGCCUGCUGUUAUGUAGAUUGUAAGUGCUUAUGUAGGAGCUAAAGAAAGUUGGUGGAAGAUAUAUAUAACACAAUGGUAUAUUUAUAUAUGUAGAUGUGUUUUUAUGUAUGUUUUUGCUGGAAGAUCUAUAUAUAUUAGUGAAGGAAAGUGUUUAAAUCUUCUUUCCCAUAGAGUUUCUUAAA